AUGGAGGUCGACACGAUUGACGAACCAAGAACACAAGUGCAGCAAAGCAGUGCUGUGCCUGUCGACACGUUCCGCAAAGAACUUGUGCCUCAACAGGAGCGCGAAAAGAUCCGGCGCCUAAAGGAAGCGAACAAGGCAUACGGUCGCGGCAAGAAGAUCAACACUAAGAGCAUCCAAGACAAGAAACUACGGCGAAACCUCAAGAAUCUGGAGGGAAAAUACCAGAAUGCGAACGUCAGGGCGAAAGAUGCUGAGAUUCUACUUGAGAACACGAGCGGUUUCCUUGAGCCAGAGCACGAGCUCGAAAGGACGUACAAGGUUCGCCAGCAGGACAUUGUAGAUGAUGUUGCUCUGGAGACUGCCCAUAAGAAGUUCGAGCUCAAGCUUGAUCAAUUGGGUCCCUAUGUCUUCGACUAUUCGAGGAAUGGGAGAGAGCUUCUUCUCGGCGGUCGCAAAGGCCAUGUCGCAACUAUGGACUGGCGUGACGGCAAGUUGGGAUGCGAGCUUCAGCUGGGCGAAACUGUGCGCGACGUCAAGUGGCUUCACAACAAUCAGUACUUUGCCGUUGCGCAGAAGAAGCAUGUCUACAUUUACGACAAGAAUGGUGUGGAGAUCCACAGCUUGAGGAAGCACCAGGAAGUCACGCACAUGGAAUUCCUUCCGUAUCACUUCAUUCUGGCGACUCUGGACGUCACGACCGGAAACAUCGUCGCCGAACUUCCCACCCGAUUAGGACAACCCGUUUCGCUCACCCAGAACCCGUACAACGCCAUUAUGCACGUCGGACAUCAGAAUGGACAAGUCACCCUCUGGUCGCCGAACUCGGCAGAACCCUUGGUCAAGCUGCUCGCGCAUCGAGGACCUGUGCGGUCUCUCGCUAUCGACCGCGAAGGCCGGUAUAUGGUGUCCGGAGGACAGGACCAGAAGAUGGCUGUAUGGGAUAUCCGAAUGUUCAAAGAAGUCAACAGCUACUUUACACGACAACCCGCACAAUCGAUAGACAUUUCGGACACAGGCUUGACCGCAGUCGGCUGGGGCACCCAGACAACGAUAUGGAGAGGCCUCUUUGACAAAAACAAGGCCGUCCAAGAAAAGGUGCAAAGCCCCUACAUGGCGUACGGCGGAGAGGGCAAACGGAUGGAGCGGGUGCAGUGGUGCCCAUUUGAAGAUGUUCUCGGGCAGGGCCAUGAUGAGGGCUUCUCCUCCAUCAUUGUGCCUGGCGCUGGUGAGGCCAACUUCGAUGCCCUCGAGGUCAACCCAUUCGAAACAGCCAAGCAACGCCAAGAGUCCGAGGUCAGGGGCCUUCUGAACAAGUUGCAGCCUGACAUGAUCGCGCUGGACCCCAACUUCAUUGGUAAUCUGGACUUGAGAUCGAAUAAGCAGCGCAAGGCGGAGCAAGAUCUCGACGCGGCGGCGCCAGACAUUGAGGAAGAGAUCCGCAACAGGGCGAGAGGCAAGAAUGGUGCUUUGAAGAAGUAUCUGAGGAAGCAGAGGAAGAAGAACAUCAUCGACGAGAAGCGAUUGAAGGUGGACGAGAUCUGGAAGGAGCAGCAAGCAAAGAACAACAAGAAGCGAGAGGAGCAGGAAGAAGAUCUCGGUCCGGCCUUGUCAAGGUUCGCACGGAGAGAGUAG